AUGUCCUGCAGCCUGGUGACUGCCUCUAGGGAACUGCCCCUCUUCAUUCCUUGCCCUUUCUCCCUUACCUUUUUGAAGAAAAAGUGUGAGCGUUACUGGGACCAAGAACAGGAACCACUACAGAUUGGACUAUUCUGCAUCGUGCUGACAAGGGAGACAUGGCUGAACACAGACAUCAUACUCAGGGCACUUUAGGUCACCUUUCAGAAGGUACUGAGAUCUGUGUACCAGCUGCAAUAUAUGUCCUGGCCAGACAGAGGAGUCACUAGCAAUCCUGAACAUGUGCUCACCAUGGCGAAGGAAGCCCAUCACCUCCAGGGAUAUGGCCCCAGGCCCCUCUGUGUCCACUGCAGUGCAGGUUGUGGGUGAACAGGUGUCCCGUGCACUGUCCUGCUCAUGUGUCCUCUUUCUCCGCCCCACAUGAUCCCACCUAACUGCAGCCUCUUUGGCGUGGUCUUGGAGAUGAGAAAGCAGCGGCCUGUAGCUGUGCAGACAAAGGAGGAGUACAGGAACAGGAACCUGGUGGUUCAGAAGUUCUUCUCAGCACUCCAAACCUCCAGCCCCCUUUACCAGAACUUCAAGGAGGUACCAAGGCCUCCUGCCUACUGUCUUCCUGUCCACCAUCAAACACCCUCAGAGACUAGGACCAGAGCAGAGGUCUGUGGACACCAUCACUGCAGCAUCUACCUGCUCUCCAUCUUGAGGCCGUCCCUCCCUCCCCUCUACAAGCCACUUCCUCAUUCCUUUAUUCAAACAUCUGCACGACAGGACCACCCCGCAAUACCAAUACGCUGCGCCCUCCACCCGCCAGGCUGGCCCCUUCCCUCCAUCCACCUAACUAGCCGGGCCCUCCGGACGCACAGCGAGACGCCCCUCACCCAGAGGCCCCUCCCUCUCGCCUCGGAAACCCGCCCGCUCCCCCGCUCCCGACCCGCCAGCAGCCUCGGGCGGGAAGGAAGCUGGCGGUUUGCGCGCCGCGAGCGCUCCCCACCCCCUCCUUCCUCGAGCUCGGCGUCUUCACUUCCUCCCCGCCCGCCUGCCCGCCCCGCCCGCAGGAGCAUCUCGGCGCCCGGGUCCCCGGCUCCCGCUAUGGCCGACACCGACACGUACGCGGUGGUGCAGAAGCGCAGGGCGCCCCCGGGGCCCGAGGCGGGGGCGCGGGGGCGCGGCGCGGAGGAGGCGCCGCUCUACAGCCAGGUGCUGCCGCGCGCCAGGCGGCCGCAGGCGCGCGCAGAGGAGGCGCAGGGGGCGCCGCCCGGGCUCGUUCUGGCUGACCAAAGCCCCGCUGGGCCUGACGCCUACGAGGACGUGGUGGAUGGAGCUCAGACCGGUGGGCUAGGCUUCAACCUGCGCAUUGGAAGGCCUAAAGGGCCCCGGGACCCCCCUGCUGAGUGGACCCAGGUGUGAGUGCUGCACCCCUGCCUGCCUGUUGCCCCACAUGGGCACCUGGACUGCUGACGGCCAUUCUCUGCUGUGCGAAGUGUUGGGAAUGGGAAUGAUGGUCCUGGAUCAAAAUAAAAGUUUCUCAGGGUGGAAAUAUGGGGCUUUGCCCCAGUGAUUAUAGCAUUCAGGGCCUGAGGCUGGGGGAGGUAGCUGGGAGAUAAUGGCUAGUGAGACCACACUGAACAGAUUCAAUAAUAAACAUCAGGAUGGGCCCAACCCCAGGGUACUAGGCAAGUUCCCCCAGGUGUGAAAGAGAAGAUGGACAGAUGGGCUUCUGGAAACUGCCCCCAUCACCACAUAAUGGACUAGUCAUCUCAGUAUCUGAGUCUCCCUCGCUCAGACAUUCAGCUGGACACAGAGAAAUGGGUGGGCCCUAAAAAGGACUGCUGGCUGCUCCUCCCUGCCCCCCACCAUUUGGACAGAUCCACGCCAGGCAUAAUAACCAAGCAGACUGAUUUCAGACAGGUAAAAAAUCCCCAGAUGGGUUACUCAGUCAGAUGGGCCCCCAAUCAGGACAAAUACAUAACCAUACACCUAGACAGCCAGAUUUCAGAGGAUAGUCCACAGCCGGAUGGAUGGACCUCCAGUCAGAUUAAUCAACCAACACCUUGACAGAUCACGCCCAGCAAGAGAAACCAUCAAAAAGACCCCUCUCCCAGAUAGGCAGCUAGCCAGAUACCAGUCAGAUGGACCCCUAGGUGGACAGACUCCCAGACAGACAUAAGCAAAUCCUUAGCUGAACAGACACACAGACAUCCUCUUAGCUAGACAGACCCACCCCCAAGUGGGCAGACUGACAGACCUAGUCAAACAGACUCCCAAGUAGCCAGAUGGACUCCUAGCCAGCCAGAUAGACCCUUGAUUGCACAGACACCCCAACCAGGC